AUGAUGAUGAACUAUAAAGUGAUUUGUAAUUUAAAAAGGUUUUAUUCUUCUGCUUUGUAUAUAACAGGUGACAAAGCACAAAAAACGUACGUAGUGUUAAAUCCGGUAAUAGAUUUUGAAAAACAUUUAACAAAACCAGAUAAAUUAUUGAAAAACAUCGAAGCACGAGGUUUACCAAUAAACGUUGAUGCCAUUGUGAAAAAAUGGAUUUUUUUUCAAGAUAUACUCAACCGAAAACAAACUUUAGAUCAAACCAGGCAGGAUAUUUUUCAAAAUAUUUCCCAGUUGUUAAAAAAACAAGAAGUUGAUCAAACGGAGGUUGAUAAGUGGAGAUUGCAUGCGAAAAUAGUUAAAGAUGAUCUUAAACAUCUUAAAGAUUCGUAUUAUGACAUCGAAGGGUCUACAAUGUUACAAAUACUUGGAUUACCGAAUGAUUUACAUAAUAAAACCCCUUUUGUUAAGAAAAAUGUCAUUUGUACACAUUCGAUUAAACCUACAAAUUCUUCUUUAAAUAAUAUUGAUAUAGGAAUCAGAAAUGGUUAUUUAAAAUAUUUAGAUCCAUUUACUUGUUACUUAAAAUCAGAUGCGGCUUUAUUAGAACUCAGUAUUUUGGAAUAUUUCAAAAGAAAGUUGAUAAAACUCGGUUAUUCGCUAUUUUCGAAUCCAAAUUUCUGUAGAACGAUUAUUGUUGAAGGUGAAGAAAUUUGUAGUGGUAGGGACAAAGUUUUAACCCUGGACGAGCAAGACCGCGACGAUGACAACUUGAACCGUCUCCAUUUGUGCGGUUCCGGAACGUUGAAAUCAUUCAUGGUUUAUUUCGCACGACAUAUCGUCAACCAAGUAGUUUUACCUUUGAAAUAUUUUUCUCUCGGUAGGAUUUACCAACCAACUCGUACUGAUUGUGAUUCUAGUUUAUUCAAUUUAUCUCAACAGAGUGUUGUUAACAUUUUUCGGGCGGAUUUAGAAGAAAAUAGGGAAGAUUUAGAUGGUUUUAUCGAAUUGAUUUCAAAGAUUUACGGUAUACUGGGUGUUCAUUAUCGUAUUGUGAUUUUACCCGCUAAUCGAAUUGAGAAAGCUGAAAGUUUGAGGAUAUCCAUCGAGAUGUACUCCAAUUUCAAAAAGGAGUAUAUCGAAGUUGGGAAUAUAUCUUUUUAUGAUAAUUACAUAAGUAAACGAUUGUUGUUUACUUAUAGUUGUAAUAAAGAGCGGAAAUAUCCGAAAAUUAUUGCGGGGCAGAUAUUGAACUUCCAUAAAUUUCUAGGAUGUGUCAUGGAAAAUAUUACCAGCGAUUCCGAAAAUUUGUUACAUGUAUUUUUAAAAGAAAAAAUAAACCGAUUAAAUAGUGUUGUAUGAAAUAA